UUCGCCCGCAAAAAAGGCUGUUUCGCACGCUUGCCGUGUAGACUCGCAAAACGCUGCCAACAGCGCUCGCUUCUCCUCUCACUACGCAGCAAAAGAAAAAGAUACGCAGAUACGCCGCAGAGCGGCGUAGUAGUAGGUUGUUCCGUCGGUUCAGUUCCGAGCAGGGAUUCUCGUCUGCUUUCUCUUCUGCUUGUCGUCAGCGCGCCGCUUCAAACAUGUCCGGCUGCCGUCUGCUCCCGCCUUCCUACGUCUGCCGUCGUCUGCUGUUGGGUGUCCGAGCCGGGUCCAAUGCGAGGUCCUCGGACCCCGCUUCCAGGACCGGCGCCAGGCGGACUCUCAAGUCCAUGUACGGCGGCCGGUACCUGGUCACCAUGCUACCGGGUCACGGUAUCGGGCCCGAGAUGAUGUCGCACGUGGAGAGCGUGUUCACGCGGGCCAACGUUCCGGUCGACUUCGAGCGCAUCGAGGUCGACGACACGCCGGAGUCCCUGGAGAGCGCGCUUCUGUCCAUACGACGCAACGGCGUUGCCCUCAAGGGCAACGUUGAGACGGAGAACCCGCUGAACGUGGAACCGCGCAACCUGGCGCUCCGGAACGGACUGCAGCUGGACGUGAACGUCGUGCACUGUCGCAACCACCCGGGAAUCCGCACCAGGCAUAAGGACAUUGACAUUGUGGUCAUUCGGCAGAACACCGAAGGCGAGUACAGCCGGCUGGAGCACGCCAGCGCGCCGGGCGUGGUGGAGAGCCUGAAGAUCAUCACGCGCCAGAAGUCCACCGAGAUCGCUCGCUACGCCUUCAACUACGCGCGCGCGCACAAGCGCAAGAAGGUCACCGUGGUGCACAAGGCGAACAUCAUGAAGCUCUCGGACGGCCUCUUCCUGCAGAGCUGCCUGGACGUGGCCAGCGAGUACCCGGACGUCGCCGUCGAGGACAUGAUCAUCGACAACUGCUGCAUGCAGCUGGUGCGACGACCCUCCCAGUUCGACGUCAUGCUCGUGCCAAACCUGUACGGCAACAUCCUGGUCAACAUGGCGUGCGGCCUCACCGGCGGACCCGGUAUCACGUCCGGCCGGAACUACGGCCGCGAGUACGCGGUCUUCGAGACGGCCACUAGGAACACCGGAAGUUACCUGGUGGGCAAGAACCUGGCCAACCCCGCGGCGAGCUUUUUCGCCGCGGUGGACAUGCUGAAGCACUUGGGGCUGCGUGACCACGCCUACCUGAUCAAGGACGCCGUCGAGAAGACGCUCAACGAGGACCGCGUCCACACCCAGGACCUGGGAGGCAUGGCGACCACGAGGGACGUGGUGGACAACGUGCUGCAGGAAGUGUCGCGACACACGACGGUGCCGCUGGACAACAGGCCGCACUUCGAGGAGGCGCAGCGCACACACGCGUGACCCGGAUAUA